AUUCUGUAGUUUUUGGUAAUGACAGCUGAUAUGUAACUUUGUAAUAAUUUUUGUAGCAAACUAGCAACCUGUAAUUAGAAUUUUAGUUUUUGAUCCUGAACUGUUUGUCGUGUAAAAUAUCAGUGUUAAAAUGCCUCGUUUUCAUACAGUUGAAAUAAAUAAGACGGAAUGGAUCGUACCGGAACGUUAUCAGAUGCUUACACCUGUAGGGUCAGGCGCGUACGGUCAAGUAUGUUCUGCUAUAGACAAGGUGCACGAUAUGAAAGUUGCAAUUAAGAAGUUAGCUCGGCCAUUUCAAUCUGCCGUACAUGCAAAACGAACUUACCGUGAACUUCGUAUGUUAAAACAUAUGAAUCACGAAAAUGUUAUUGGACUGCUGGAUGUCUUCACAUCAGAAAACAAUUUAGAAGAUUUUAAUCAAGUUUAUCUGGUUACUCAUUUGAUGGGAGCUGACCUAAACAAUAUUGUUCGAACACAAAAAUUGUCUGAUGAUCAUGUACAGUUCCUUGUGUAUCAAAUACUAAGAGGACUUAAGUACAUCCAUUCAGCAGGAAUAAUUCAUAGAGAUCUCAAACCAUCAAACAUUGCUGUCAAUGAAGACUGUGAAUUGAAGAUCCUAGACUUCGGCUUGGCUCGUCCCACUGAAACAGAAAUGACUGGUUAUGUGGCUACUAGAUGGUACAGAGCUCCUGAAAUUAUGCUUAAUUGGAUGCAUUAUAAUCAAACUGUUGAUAUAUGGUCUGUGGGUUGUAUUAUGGCUGAAUUACUAACCAGCAGGACACUCUUUCCUGGUACAGACCAUAUUGACCAUCUCACAAGAAUAUUAUUUUUAUGUGGGAAACCCGAUCAAGAGACUAUAGACAAAAUUUUAAGUGAAGAGGCUCGCAAUUACAUACAAUCGUUACCAACAUUAAAGCGCCGCGAUUUCCGUGAAGUGUUUCGUGGUGCGAAUCCCCUUGCGAUCAAUUUACUUGAGCUUAUGCUUGAGUUGGAUGCUGACAAACGUAUAACUGCCGAACAAGCGCUGGCGCAUGAAUACUUAACGCAGUACGCAGAUCCAAGCGAUGAGCCGGUGUCGGCACCCUAUGACCAGAGUUUUGAAGAUAUGGACUUGCCUGUCGAGAAAUGGAAGGAAUUGGUUUGGAAUGAAGUGGUAGAGUUCAAACCGCACCCGCAGCACAUGAAUACUGUAGUUGAGGUCAACCCUUAAUCAUUUUAGUUUUAUAUGCCGGGACCCUUGCACAUAACCUUUGAAAAAUGUUUUCUUAUAGAAAUAAAAAUAUAUUUUGCAUAAAUUGUACACCUACAAUUAGGUAUUGCUAGGACUUUUUGAAUGUUGUGUGUCAAAGGUCCCAAAUUCAAUUAUUAGCCUGUUUUAUUUACAUGCUAUUAAGUAUUAGAUAACAUUAUGUUUUGCUCAUACUUAUUAAUAUUUUAUAAUCAACUUUCCUCUAGUCUAGAAGGAAUACAUUUUUGUGAAGAGUAAAAACUAGUUUUACGCAUAGUGAUACAAGUAUUACGAAAAUGAUUUGUCAGUUUAUAAUUAUAACGGUGACAUUCAGAAACAAGAUUUACCGCCAAAUCUCAUUUCUAAAUCUUGCUUCGCCUCUUCCACGAUCUAGUAGAUUAAUUGGGUACUAUAUUGACAGUUUUAUUUUAUCGAAAAUCAACAAGAAAUGGUUGGUAAAUCUACUAAUGAUUAGAAUUAAAUAGUAUUUUUGAAAUUUUAUUUGGAGAUCAAUAAAGACGUCCUUAAAUUCUUUUUGGAUCGCGGUAAAAGUUAGUGUUUAAGAAUCGUGUAUGACAUGAUCUUUAUUCUUAUGCUACGUAUCUUAAGUUUAACCGCAGCUAUUUCGUAAAAAAUAAGUGAGCCUAAAACGGGUGCUUAUAUUUAACCAAUUAGACUAAGAAAACUUUACGGUGUAUAAAUGUAUUUUAUAAAAGUUCAACCUACAACAGACAGCAAAAAUCACGCAUGACGCAACGCCAUAAAUACAUCAAUACGUAUUACUAAUCUAUUUGUUUUCAGUAUUCUUAUAAAUUAUUAUUAUUUAUUCCAUGUAUAUUUACAGUUUGAAUCUUUAACUCAUGAUUAAGAUGCCGUUUUAUUAUAAAUGAUAACAAUAAGCGAUAUAUGAAAUUAUAAAUUAACCAAAAUGAGUUGUUAAUAUAAAUUUAUAAUGUGUUUUACAAUUAUUUGCGGCAAUCAACGAUUUCUAGGUGGAAACAAAUCAGUCUUCAGUAAAGUUCUCAAUUUUUGAGAACAUGGCACGCGUAUCCAAAUUUAAUAAGAUAAUUGUCUAAAAAUUAUUUAGUAAUAUGUGUUAUAGUAGUGAUAUAUAUUUAAUUUCUGUAAGUAUUCCCUAUAAGAAUAACCUUGAGAAAAUAUAUUUACAUAUUUAAAACAGAA